UAGAUUAGCCGAGGUUGCAGUUGCCGAAGUGAACAGAGCAAAAGGCGGGAGGCAUUAGGACAACAUUGGCGGCUGUUCCUUGGGCGUCUGUCCGGCUGCUCCUGUCAUCUUGCCUCUCCCUGCCUCCCGCCAUGCCUCCCAAGCCCAAGAUAGGGGAGGGCAUUGUGGUGGUGCUAGAUGUGGGCCGUGGUGUGUGUUCUGGCACCGAGCCCACCUUCUUCACCCGCGCCAAGGACUGCCUCCGCUUCAUCCUGCAAAGAAAGAUAUUUGCCGAGAAGUGCUAUGAUGUUGUGGGUGUUGUCACAUUUGGCACAGCCGGGACCAACAACCAGCUGGCAACAGGUAACCAGUACCAGCAUGUAACAGUUCUGCAGGAAGUGAGGUUGGUGGACUGGGAUAUGAUGAAACAGGUAGAGAACCAAGGAUGUGGUGGCAGCAGUGGAGACUGGCUGGAUGCACUGGUGGUGGCCAUGGACCUGCUGCAUGACCCAGAUGGGAAGCGUUUCACUGGGAAGAAGAUAGUGCUGCUCACAGACUUCAGUGGUGAAUUUAGUGAUGAUCAGAGCACUGCCAUCACAUCAGGACUACUUAAUGAAGGGAUAGAGUUGGUUGUGAUUGGACCAGAUAUUUUGAGAGACUUAAAUGAGGAGGAGGAUGGGGAUGCAAAGCAGCCCGGCACUUCUGAUGGCAAUGACAGCAGCUCCCCCAAGAAGCCUUCCCUCAACUGGAAUGGGAAGCCCAAGACCAUGGUGCAGAUGGCCGGGGAGGCUGUGGUGGCUCGUAUAGUGGCCAAGGUUGAUGGGAUGCUGUGCAGUUUUGAGGAUGCCUUGCCGCAGCUCAUGUUUUUUGAAAAGAAGAAACAAGCCAGUGCAUCAUGGAACACAACUCUUGAUAUUGGAGCAGACUUCAAAAUCCCCAUCACUGGCAAGAUCAAGGAUGUGCAGAUACAUUUAGAGUUUGCAUGGAUGUUACCUUGCCCCACCUGGAAGAAGAGCUACAGUGGGGACCCUUCAGCAGUCAUCACCAAGGAGGUUUCGUACCACCUGUAUGAUGAGAAGCAGACAGCGGUGCCCGAGGAUGAAGUGAUUGACGGGUAUUUCUAUGGCACCACCCUCGUUCCCGUCUCAGAUGAGGAUAUGAAGAUGGCAUACAAGUCCAAAAGUCCCCGAAGCAUGUCCGUCCUUGGGUUCACUGAGGCCAAGCAUGUGCCGCACUGGAUCAGGGCAGGCAACCAGGUUCUUGUGGUGACUGCUCGUGACAAUGAUGAUGCAGCAGCAGUGGCCCUGUCAGCACUCAUCCAGGCCUUGGUGGAGAUGGAUAUGGUUGCCAUCACCAGGAGAGUGUACAGCCAGAACCUCAACCCCAGACUAGGGGUACUGUUCCCUGAAAUCACCAAAGACCAUGAGUGCCUCCUCUGGAUCCAGCUUCCAUUCAUCCAAGAUGUGGAGCGCCUCACCUUCCCUUCACUGCAGCCAAGGAUAGACAACCUGAAGCAAGAGGAGAAGGAUGCCAUUGACAGUCUGAUAGAUGCCAUGGAUCUGUCUCAUGUCAAGGGAGAGGAUGAUGAUGAUGAGGAGGAGGAGGACAUUCUAGACCCCACGACUGUCCUUAAUCCUCAGAUACAACACUUCUAUAAUGUCCUCACUCACCGCGCUCUAAACCCUGGAGGAAAACUGCCUGAACCUGCUCCACACAUCCUUAAAAUCCUGGAGGUGCCAGAAAAGGUGUGUGAGGCAAGGGACAAAGUGGCUGCCACACUGAAGAAAUUGUUCCCUACCCAGGCUCCCGUAGCAUCCAAGAGACCCCAGAAUGUGUUUGAUGUUGAUGAGGACAAAAAGGAUGGCAGUGAGAAGAGAGUCAAGGUGGACGACAGCUUGAGUGCCAGUGACCUCAUACAGCACCAGGUGACUCAGGUGACCACGGCCUCCCCAGUUAAGGACUUCAUGGCACUCCUUCGGGGAGAGGCUCCUAAUUUCAAUGACAUCUGCAGGCAGAUGGGAGAUGUGAUCCUGCAGCUCCUAGACAGCCUUGCAGGGGCCAGCAGUGGGCCAGUUGCUGCUGCCAUGCUGGACAAGGUGCUGGAGUGCCUUACCACCUUCCGCCAUGAGUCCCAGAGUAUUGACCCAGCAACCUACAAUAGAUUUCUUACCUCUCGCUUCAAGGAUGUUGUGAUCUCCCUUUCUCUGAAGGAUCUGUGGGACCGGGUGAAGGAAGGCAAUCUUGGACUAAUAACUGUUGAGGAGAAUGGAAGAAGCAGCUUGAGCAAGGAGGAGGCGAGCACCUUCCUCCAGCUGGACCAAGGGACACAGGAGGCCCCACCGCCUGUGCAGGAUGCAGGAGACGAGAUGGAGGACCUGCUGGAUGGCCUGUAGUUCACCACACCAUCAUGUGAAGGCAGCAGAUGUGUGUACCAGCAAGAGGUCACUGGACCUCUUGGUGGGUCAAGCCAGGUAAAAAUAAUUUCAUUGAUGAAUGUUCUAACUUUUUUUUGCUUGACAUAUCUUACUCCCAUUUUUCAUUUCAUACAGCAUCCACCUCAGAUAUACAGGAAAAUGUUGAUCAAAUGAUGUGAUAACUUCUGAGUAAAACAGGGUGACAUUUAACAUGAUGAGUAAUUAAUCAUUCACCACCAUCAUCAUCAUCAUAACUAAAUCUCCAGAACCAAGGCAGGAAGGGGUGAUUGAUAACAAGCACAGAUGCAAGGAUUACCCAGUGAAAUGGGUGGCACCUUCAGUCACACCUCACAUCAUUUUACAAUGUUUACACAAGAAGUUGAUGUUUAAUUUGAGGCUGUGUGUGUGUGUGUGUGUGUGUGUGUGUGUGUGUGUGUGUGUGUGUGUGUGUGUGUGUGUGUGUGUGUGUGUGUGUGUGUGUGUGUGUUGGAGUAUAAUGAAUGUGUUGAGUCAUCUUAUCAGAGAUCUUAGGAAUGGAAGUAUCUCAUUCAAGCAUAUAUAAAUAUAAUUUCAUUGUGGAAGAAAGAGGCAUCAAAAUUACUUUUUAUAUUAACCCAUACCCAUAUUUUAAAAACAGGCUUUUUUUUCUUGGGCUUGGGUACAAGUUGUUAAAUUUAGAAAUUUAUUAAAAUCUAAAAUUUAAAAUGGAAGUUUAACAGAACAACAAAAGCAUAUCUAACAUGCUACAAUCCGUAUACUAUAAUGCCAAGACCAACAACACCUAUACUCAAUUCUCAAAUACUAUAGACACAAGCCCCUCCUCUUGGGUGGAGCACCUCAGAGGAUCAACACUCUGGUCUGCUAAUGGUUUGCUGUGUUUAUUGGAAAGUGUGCAUUUUACAGUGCUUUAUUGUUUCUUUACUAACAUGCAAUCUAUUUGCUUUGAGUGAAUAAAAACCAUUCCUUCACUGCCCAUAUUAAAUGUCUCAUCACUUAAACACAAAAGAAAUUCUGUAACAUUCAAUGAGAAGAUGACACUAAAUGAGGAGUAUACAGGCAUGUAAACUUGUGCACAGGUGAAAGGAUGAUAUUAGUCAUUUUGUGGUGCUUUGGGACACCUGGACUGCAAACAUCCAACCCCUUACCUGAGACAUGUGGGCCAAGCAGGACCAUAAACCCCAUGUUGGCCAGGCCUGUGACUUGCCCUGGGACAAUAGGGUAGGUCACUGAUGACAGAUCAAGCACGCCUUGCAUUGUUGUCAUGGUGCUUGAUUCAGUAAUUAUAAUGCUUUAUCAUGAGUAUUUUAUAUAGUUCAUGCAACACUGCAGCUUUCUUUAUUGCUUACUAAUCACUUUAAAGGUAAGAAAAUAGCCUGCAAGAACUGGAUAAUCAUAAUGUCUUAAGAAUUUUAUAUAUAUAUAUAUAUAUAUAUAUAUAUAUAUAUAUAUAUAUAUAUAUAUAUAUAUAUAUAUAUAUAUAUAUAUAUAUAUAUGUGUGUGUGUGUGUGUGUGUGUGUGUGUGUGAGGAAAAGACAGAGCAAGCAUUCAGCCUGGGUGGGAGACUCCAGGAAAUAGCAGUAAUAUGUGGAAGGGCAGACCACUGUGUAGGAGAGCCAGGUGUCCAGCAGUAUUUAUGAGUCACCAAAACAAUGUCAAACCCUCUGCCACACCAUUAGGAUAGCACCACUCAGUGGGGAUAGAAUCCAGGACCCGCCAAGCUCUGCUGUAAGUGAGGAGCUUGUGUCUCUAUUUUUCAAGAAUUGAGUAUGUAUUAUGGUGAAAACUUGUCUUUGCCCACACUACUUCAUGUGGUUAAUUGUAAAACCUUUUCCUCCUAAUUAAUUUACUGAAAUGUUUAAAUCUGAUUUCUUCACAUGCACAGAAUUUGUUCAUCAACUUUUGAACAUCAGCACAUAAUUUAUUCCAUAGUUCAUGAGUCUUGGUCCUCACAUCAUUGUUACAGCUAGCAGCCAAGAAUAGUCACCUCAUUCACAUUAUUUUGUAUACUUGAAUUUAUAUAUUUGUAUACUCUGUAUUCUACAUACUCAUGGUGGUGUGCAUUGUGAAAUAUUUCUACUUACAUAAUUUCUGAAGGGUUCAUUCAUAGUAGGUAUUUUAAAUUAUAAAAGAAGAGUACAACCAGGCACACAUUCUGUACCUUAAUGCUACACACAGAAAUUAAUUGUUUGGUUUAUUUGUUGUGGUGUGCAUCAGGUCACAGCUGUGCUUUGAUUUUGUAAGGCACACUUCUUGUAUCAACACUGUUCUUAUAAGCAGCAAGCUACCCAGGAAAGAGAACCUGAGGUUUUUCAAAAUUUGUACAUGAAGCAGACCAUUGACAACUUCAUUUAUUUUGGGAAUGAACAACUUUUGAGGCUACAAAUUUCAUUUUUCUCUCUGUAAUUAAAGCGAAUACUUUUCUGGGUGAACUUCUGCUUGUGAAUAGUUUGAAGUAUGUACAAAUGUAGCAUUAGUUACCUAACCAUCCAAAGGAAAAGCAAGGUGUUGGUCUUAAAUGGAGAAGGUCCUUGGUUACUCUUAGCUUAGCAUUACCACACAAAUACAUUUGGAUUUUUUUUUUUUUUUUUUUUUUUUUUAAUAUAUAUAAAAACUGUAAAAGUUCAAAUAUUUGUUUUCCA